AUGAGGCUCACCAACGUCGUCGUCUUGGGAGCUGCGUUGCCCCCCCUUGCGAGCGCUGCCAACUUUGUGAGGGGCAAUCGCGUGUCCUUCAACACGUUCAAGUACGACAUCGACAAGUGCACAGAUGAGAAGCCGUGUUCUCUGUACUUGAGGGCCUUCUCGCUAAUAAAUGGCGGGACUAUAGAAAAUCAGGCCGGCACGGAAUUCAUCGCCAGAAUUCAGAAUGUCCCCUCUGGCACGUACAUCUUCCAGGCUACCGGGGGUGAGGACGGCAAGACGGCGAUCACGACACAGUUUACGUAUAAUACGAACUUGGCGACGAUCGGCACAGGCACAGGCACAGUGACACCGCCCUCGCCAACGACAUCUUCUCCCGGGACGUCUCUCGAGACGACUUCCUCUCCUCCAGGGCCCACUGCGGCUUCGUCCGAUUCUGGUUCUACAGGUACGUCGGCCGGCCCUGUAACUGGCAGCUUGACCGGCACUUCAACGGCCGGUCGGACGGGCACUGCGAUCAUCAGUUCGACAGGGAGUUUGACGGGUAGCUCUAGGUCUCUGAAAAGUUCUGGCGGCAAGUGA